AUGGCGGAAAAUAUUAUCAUGUUAGAUGAGGUGAGUUUUUAAUUAAAAAUUUUAGAAAAAUUGAUUAAUUAAAAAUUUCAGGCCGAAUGUUCCAGCAAAGAAUGUAAAAUUUGUGGUCAAAAUGCGCACGGAAUUCAUUUUGGAGUUAUAAGUUGUCGAGCUUGUGCUGCAUUUUUUAGAAGAACUGUAGUUUUGAGCAAAAAAUAUAUUUGUAGAAGAGCAAAUUCGAAAUGUAAAAUCGAUAAAACUGAAAGAUAUUUGUGUAGAUUAUCUCGAAUGGAAAAAUGUAAAUUAUUGGGAAUGACUGAAGAAAGUAAGUUUUUUAUUGAAAAUUUCGGAGAUUUUUUGUAACUUUUUGAUGUAAAUUUUAGGUUUCAUCAAAAUUUGAAAGAAAAAUAUUAUCGGAAUAUUGGUUUUUGAAAUAAUUGUUAAUUUUUUCUCAAUUGAAAAAAAAAGAAUUCCAAAAAAUUUGAAAGAUCUAUUUCUUGCAAAACAUUACUGUAUUCACUUUUUUAUAUUUUGAGCUGAAUUUAAUUACUUUUCAUCUGAUUAGUUUUUAACGUCAGCAUUUUUAAACCAAAAAUUGAAUUUGAAAUAGUCUUUAGAAGUUCACAAAAACAGUCCUGAAAUUUCCAAAAAAGUAUUCGAAUAAAAAUUUUUGCCAGAUGUUCAAUAUAAUCGAGAUUCGCUCUCCUCAACUCAAAAAUCAGUGAUAACCGAAAAUCCUGGAUCAAAAUCCAAAUCUCGCGAUGGUCCUCCAUUAUUUGAUAUAUCUGAAGUUCUCAAAAAAAUCCACUACAUUUUUGAUAAUUUUAAAAUUCCGGAAGAUGAUAAACUAUACAUGUCGAAAACAACUUUGGGCAAAAUGGAUUAUGCACUUCAGGCAAUUCGCGUAGAUCAGAAAAGGAAAAAAUUGAAUGUGAGGUUUUUUUGAGAAGAAAAAAAUUUGAUAGAACAAAAAUUAUUUCAGUUCAGAACAUCGAUGGAUAUGGAUGAGAUGAUAAUGAAUUGGGGUGAUGAAAUGUGUCGAGUUGCAAAUUGGAUGAUGCAUUCGGAAGAAUUUCGUAAACUAGAGUCUAGUGAAAAAUUCUCCGUUUUCAAAUUAGUUUGGAUGGUUUGGCAGAGAUUUGAAAGAUUAACAAUAUCGAUUGAAAUAUUCGGGAAAAAAGCAUAUGACGAUAAGAUUCUUAUAAUUUCCAAUGAUGAUGCAGUUCAUAUGAAUUUAUUAGAUGUUGAUGUUUCAAAAAUCACAGAUCAUUCAUCAGAUAGUAUUCGAUUAAUGUUUGAACCUUUUUGCUUAAAAAUGUUCGAACAUAUUGCGAAACCAUUAUUGGAAAUUGAACCAACUUCGAUGGAAGUUACUUAUAUGUUAUGUCAAGUAUUCUGGCAUAAUGGAGGUGAGAAUUUCACAGUAUAAAAUGGGAUGUGGCUUCAGGAGGUCUUGAGUUUUAAAUUGUUAUUUCAAAAACAAAUACUAUCAAUUUUGGACUUCUGCAGAUUUUUUUCGUGAAACUUUUAAAUCCCAACCUACAGUAACUACUUUAGAAUAUUUCAAAAUUGGCCCUUUUUUAUAAAUUCAAAUGUUUUCUAGGCCGACUUCUACACGAUGCAACCCUCUCGGCUAGUGAAAAAUUCAUCGAUAAAAUUGCAAAUGAUCUUCAUUUCUACUACACCAAAGAUCGAAAAAUUACAAAUUAUGCAGGUCGACUGAUUCGUCUUAUGUCAGUUGUCAAUUCUCUUCAACGACUCCAAUUAGAACGUCAGAAGUUAUUCGAACUCGCAAAACUUUUCGAUGUUUUCAAAGUAAAAUUAGCGGAACCAGAAGAUCUUUUUGAAGGAUAA